AUGGGGAAAGAGUAUGGUGGAUCGCCAAAGCUUCAUCAGCUGGAAUCAAAAAGGAAGCGGCUCACUUCGAUCCUAGCCGUUAGUGGCCUCUGCGUCUUGUUCUACGUUUUGGGAGCUUGGCAAAGUACAAGUCCUGCCCCGUCCAGCCAAUCUGAAGUCUAUACGAGAGUUGGCUGUGAUGUUGAAUCCCCUGAUGGGGUUAACCAUGACUCAUCGUCAUCUUCCUCAUUGCCAUCAACACCCCUCGACUUUGAGAGCCAUCAUCAGUUGGUGGUCAACAGUUCUGAGGAAUCCCAGAAAUUUCCCCCAUGCAAUAUGUCCUACAGCGAAUACACACCGUGCCAAGAUCCACAAAGGUCAAGGAAAUAUGAUCGCAACAUGUUGAAGUAUAGAGAGCGGCAUUGCCCCAAGCAACAAGAGCUCCUCCGCUGCCUAAUACCUGCCCCACCAAACUACAGAACCCCUUUCAAAUGGCCUCAGAGCAGAGACUAUGCAUGGUAUGACAACAUCCCCCAUAAAGAGCUCAGCAUUGAGAAGGCCGUCCAGAACUGGAUCCAAGUGGAAGGUGAUCGCUUCAGAUUCCCUGGGGGAGGCACCAUGUUCCCACGUGGUGCUGAUGCUUAUAUUGAUGACAUUAAUGAGCUCAUCCCUCUUACAAGUGGAAACAUUCGGACUGCAAUUGAUACAGGCUGUGGGGUUGCAAGUUGGGGUGCUUACCUGAUAAAGAGGGACAUCUUGGCUAUGUCUUUUGCUCCAAGAGAUACGCAUGAAGCACAGGUUUGGUUUGCGUUGGAGAGAGGAGUACCUGCUAUGAUUGGCAUAAUGGCUUCGCAGAGACUUCCUUACCCAGCAAGGGCAUUUGAUAUGGCGCACUGUUCCCGCUGCCUAAUCCCUUGGUAUGAGUAUGAUGGAAUGUAUCUAAUUGAAGUGGACAGAGUUUUGAGGCCUGGUGGAUACUGGAUACUUUCUGGCCCUCCUAUCCGCUGGAAGAAUUAUUGGAGAGGUUGGGAAAGAACCCAAGAAGAUUUGAAACAGGAGCAAGAUGCUAUUGAGAAUGUUGCCAAGCGCCUGUGCUGGAAGAAAGUCAUUGAAAGGGGUGACCUUGCAGUGUGGCAGAAGCCUACCAAUCAUAUUGAGUGCAUCAAGACCAGUGCAACUCAUCAUACGUCACAUAUGUGCAAAUCGGACAAUGCGGAUGCAGCUUGGUACACGCGCAUGGAAACUUGCAUCACCCCCCUUCCAGAGGUAAGAAAUUCAGACGAAGUCGCAGGUGGUGCAUUAGAGAAAUGGCCAGAGCGUGCAUAUUCCAUUCCUCCUAGGAUAAGCAGCAGUUCAAUACCAGGCAUCACUGUAGAGAAAUUCCGAGAGGAUAAUGAAAUCUGGAAGCACCGGGUGACACAUUACAAACGCAUUAUUAGGUCCUUACCACAAGGCCGAUACCGGAAUGUAAUGGACAUGAAUGCUUACUUGGGUGGAUUCGCAGCAGCCUUGAUGAAAUAUCCAGUGUGGGUAAUGAACGUGGUCCCUGGCAAGUCAGAACCAGAUACUCUGGGUGUGAUAUAUGAACGGGGUUUCAUUGGUGUAUACCAUGAUUGGUGCGAGGCAUUCUCAACGUAUCCAAGAACAUAUGAUCUCAUCCAUGCAGGUGGUGUUUUCAGUAUAUAUCAGGACAGGUGCGACAUUACCUACAUCCUCCUGGAGAUGGAUAGAAUCCUACGGCCAGAAGGGACCGUAAUAUUCAGAGAUGUGGUGGAAGUCCUCGUGAAGAUCAAAAGUAUUGCAGAUGGAAUGAGAUGGGAGAGCAACAUUAUGGACCAUGAAAGUGGACCAUUUAAUCCGGAGAAGAUUCUUGUUGCCGUCAAGAGUUACUGGACCGGUGAAGCUGAACAGGAACACUAG